AUGCACAGCGGCCGGCAUAUGGUGCAGACUCCCGAACCCGUCCUGAGGGGAGGGCAGCCGCUGCUCCCGCUACCCCAGCCUCCUACACCCGCCCCGGGUUUUAGAUCAUCUGAUGUGUAUUGGAUUCAAAAUAUUGGGACUCAUAGACCUGAAUUAGAACUAAAAAUAAACGGGAAAAAAUUUAUUGGAUUGCUAGACACAGGUGCAGAUGUCUCGGUUCUUCGAGCCGAUCAGUGGCCUUCGAUGUGGCCAAAAACAGCGUCUCUUACUCAGUUACAAGGAAUAGGUCAAACUUGUAGUACUAAACAAAACAGUGAUCUGCUUUCUUGGAUUGAUAAUGAAGGACAUACAGGAUUGUUCCAGCCCUAUGUUAUUUCAGGGUUACCUGUGAAUUUGUGGGGCCGCGAUGUCAUGAAAGAUAUGGGAGUUUAUUUAUAUAGCCCCAAUACUCAAGUUACUCACCAAAUGUUCAAUCAAGGGUUCCUACCCAAUCAGGGCCUGGGACGUCAUGGUCAAGGGAGAUGCGAACCCUUACAAUAUAUAGAUAAUCAAGGAAAUAGAGGAUUUGGAUAUUUUUAA